AUGCCCACGCGGCUUUGGCAGACUCUGGCGGGGCUGGCGGCGGUGAUGGGCAAGCCCAGGGGCCACGGCAACUGGACGUGGAACAAGUGCCUCACGGAGCAGCGCUGGAUCGCCUAUGUUAACAACACCAGAUACUCACGACCGGGGGACACAGGCGCCAUGGUGUGCCUCUUCGUCACGGAUGCAGAGAGGCCUGCCUUUGAGCGGCAGUACAACGGCUCCAUUCUCGACUUUACCUUGAUGCGGCGCCAGCAGCAGCCUCUCUACUGCCCCAGGCUGCUCGAGUUGCACUCGUAUUGGAAAAGCUAUCUGCUCGUGGACCUCAUGCAGCGCGGCGGUGACGAGCUCUCAUUUUUGCGCAGGACGGGGGACAUCAUCUUCAGCCGUGUCAUGCCCAUCGGAAACCUCUCCCUCAACCUCACCGGCUUCACCGUCGGGGUGCCCAUCUUGCAGCAUGCGCUGCCACCGAAUCCCACGGAGCAGCAGGCGGAGGAGGUGGUGCUGGGAGCAGCUGGGGCGAAUGUGGACCUCGUGAUGAUCGCCCACAACGUGCUGCAGAACGUGUUUACGCCAGACCCCAGUAUCACAUUUGAGGUGUAUGAGACCACGGACCCCAAUUCCCUGACAAUGAUCUACGGGCCGGGCCCACGCCUUCUGUACUACCGCGACCGCGAUAUUCUUCCCAUGACCGACGUCUCGCCCCCAAACGUCACGCGCCCGUGGGAAGAGCGCUCUGUCGUGCCGCUCGACCUGCUCGGGGGCCGUUUGCGGCGCUACCAAGUGUGGUGCCGCUACGUGGAGCCGCCAAGCACGUGGCUCUCCUGGUGCGUGCCUUUCCUCUGGGCGGCUCUCGCUCUCGUGCUGACGGCGUUGGUGGCGGCGGUGGCGUGGCAGCAGCGGGUGGGGUACAUGCGCAGCGAGGAGAGCAUGGCAGCGGCGGACCAGCUGAGAGGGAAGGCGAGGGCAGCGGAGCGGUCGAAGAGCUCAUUCGUGGCGUCCAUGUCGCACGAGCUGCGCACGCCCAUGCUCAGCAUCGUGGGGCUGCUCGAUGCUCUCCACGAACGCUCCCUCUCUGCCGCCCAGCUGCACGACGUGCGCGCGGCACGCACUGCCGCGUACGACACGGUGCGCCUCGUCAACCGCGUGCUCGACCUCUCCAAGCUCGAGGCGCGCCGCAUGCCUCUCUGCUGCUCGCCCUUUCAUCCGCAAGCCUGGCUUGAGGAGGUCGUGCUGGGCUGCUGUGAGCGGGCACGCGACAAGGGCAUCGACGUGGCGGGCAUGGUGGACAUGGGAGUGCCUGUAGUGCUGCACAUGGACACCAUGCGACUCUCACAAGCACUCAACGAGCUCAUCGACAACGCGCUGUGCUACACGACCCAUGGGCACGUGCUGGUGCGAGCAUCUGUGUGCCCUGCCACCACCUCCCUCGAGGAAUUUCUCCACCACCACCUCUGCGCCUCGCUCCACCCUCCUUCUCCGCCACGCCCCUCAUUCUUCUCCUGGGCGGCCUUCCUGCUCCCACAGUUGGGGUUUCUCCUCAGAAGAGCCACUGUGGGGUGGUGGGUGGAUCAAAAGCUGCCUAAUGAGAGGGAGGAUGAUGAGGACCCCCCACCCCUGGCAUGCCAGACACACGAACCUUCUGCAUACAUGAGAGAGGAGGAGCAAGUGGGUGAGGCGAGGGGAGAUGGUGAAGGCGAUGGAGAAGGGGAGGGUGGAGCGGAAUGUGAACGGGAUAGUGAAGCGGGAUGUGAAGGGGAUGACGCUGGGUGGGGCAGAGGCGGCGGUGGACAGGAGAUGCAGCUGGUGCUGUCGUGUGCCGACACUGGGUGUGGGUUUGACUCCACGUGGGAGGAGCUGUCAGAGUUCAAGGUGGCCCUCAUGGGUGGCCGCGUUGCCUGCCUCUCCCACCCCGGCACCGGCUCCACCGUCGCUUUCUCCGUCCCCUUCGCCCGAACCCGCCGCAUUCCUGCUCCCCACCUCCAUCCUCCUCCUGCUCCCCACCUCCAUCCUCCUCCUGCCGCCGCCGCUGCUGCUUCUCCCCUUCACCCUGACCGCACGGGUGGGACAGAAGAGGGAAAUGGGCAGGUGGCAGGGGAGGGAUGGGGGUGUGGCGUGUCAUUGGGAGGAAAGGGCGGGCGUGGCAGCAGCUGGAAGAGAGGGAGCUACCUCCAAGGGUGUAUGGGUAGGGGGAGACAGGGGUUAGACUCGCGGCGGUGUGGCAUGCAGGGCAGGAGCGAGAGUGGGCCGUGCAGGGGAGAGGUGGAGGGGGAUGCAGUGUGCACGAGGGGCGUUGAGGGAGUGGCUGUGGGCGUUCUGGGCGCGGAGGGCAGCACGAGAGAGCUCAUGGCGCUCAUGCUGGCGGGUCUGGGAGCACACGUGCACGUGCUGCCCACGCCUCUGGAUCGCUUUAAUGACUCUGACGCCCGUGCUGCUGAAGGGGGUGCAGCCGGUGUGGAGGGGAGCUGCGAUACAGGGAGGGCUCAGGGGGGAGCGGAGGAGUUGAGAGAUAGCACGUGCAGGGGGAGUGACUUGUGUGGUCAGCCGGACAGGGUUGUUUGGGAGGAUAGGGUAGCAAGAGGUGGUGUGGGAAAAGGGGGAAAUGUAGAGGAGGGAAGGGAGGGCAUGCCAUGCGUGGUGGUGGUGAACGAGGAGGACGCAUGGUGGCAGCAUGACAGGAGAGCAGCAGCUGGCAUGCGCUGGGAGAGUGAGCCUGAUGCGGGUGGGGGGCAUCGCCACCAUGGUGGGCGGGGGGGUGGGCAGCAGGGUGGGCAGGUGGGUGGGGGCAGAGGGGCGGGUGUGGUGGCGCUGGCGCCGGGGGAGGCAGCAGCAUGGCAGGCAGCAGCAGUGGGGCUUGUGAGGCGCUGCAUGGCAGCACACCGGGCUGGGGGGAGAGCUGCGCUGGGUGGGGGGGAUAGGGUGGAUGGGGAAGCAAGGAGAGAAGAGGGAGUGGGGGGAGGAGCCUCACCACCACCCAGCAGUGUCAGUGCCGGCGCCUCUGCUCCCCGUGUGGUGGUGUGCUGCCGCCCGCUGCUCUCCCACCGCCUGCACCACGCCGUCCAGGUAGCAGCAUUCGGAGCCGGGAGUGUACACCCUGGCAAUGCAAGGCACGGGUCACAGCAUAGCCCUGAGCCUGCUCGUCAAACACAGCAGGACACACAGCAGGAGAGCAAGAGUGGGAGGUCGGAGCAGAAGAGUUUUGGCAUGCAGUGGAGUGAAGAGGGGUGUGAUGAGAGAAACGAUGAACAGCAGCUGCGUGGUGAGAUGGUGGGUGAUGCAGGCCAUGGCGCGGCAAGCGAUGCCAGCGCGGUGCUGGAUGUGGUGCUCAUGGACCUGCACAUGCCCGCCAUGGACGGGUUCAUGGCAACAGAGGCGAUACGUGAGCUCGAGAGGGCUGCAGCCCCCCUAGGGACCACCCCGGCAGCACAAGAAGCAACUGACGGCGCUGCACAAGCAGACUCGCGGGCUGCUGCUGCUGCCUCUCACCCCGUGACUUCAGCCCUCACGCAGCCACGUCUGCCCAUACUGGCCUUCACAGCAGAUGUGGAUGCUCAAAUCACACAGCGAUGCCUUGCGAGUGGCUUUGAUGGCAUUCUGCAGAAGCCCAUUGACCCCAAGCAGCUCGCCACUCAACUGCUACAAAUAGAAAGGCCUCCUCGGUUGGGACCCUUACGAACAACUUCACAUCCAACGACAUGA